AUGGCAUCGGAAAUCAACUGGGAAGCUCUCCUCGAUGACCAUCCCAUAUUCUCACCGCCAUCUGCAUCGUUAAAUGCACCAGAACUUUCUGCUUCCUUAAAAGACCUACAGAAUGACGAAGACUCUGACACUGCUGAAGCUUCGGGCAGACGCCAAGUUAUGUGCAUGAAGGAUUCAGAUCUCAUACUGGCAUGUGGCUCUGAACUAAGGAUGACGUCUCUCCACGAUGUAAAAAUGUCUGGAGGGUCGCAAAGAACAUAUAAGGUCCUACACAACCCAAGCAUUGACUUCGACAUACGCCAGAUUUCACUGAGUCCAAACAAGAAACUACUGGCUGUUGCUGGGGUAUCUCAAGUCGCACUAGUAGUUCUCCCGAGAGCCGGAUUUUCAAAAUUCGGGACGUCCCGUAUUGACUGCAAGUCACUUCAUAUUGGGCCAUAUUAUCACUCAAAUUUAUCGUCUCCUCUGGUCAAGAUAGACUGGCAUCCGUGGGGCGAAGCAGGUUCUACACUGCUUGUCAUGACUGCGGAUGGCAGGUUGAGAGAGUACAAUGUAUCUCUCGAUCCGGACGAGCCACGCAAGAUGCUUGAUUUCGUCCCGGAGAAGAAGCACGGAUCGUUUGCAGCCGUCGAUGAGUCCGAGAGAGAAGUCGCGUCGUUCACUUUCGGAAAGGGCAAGGCCGAUUGGGGGCCGUUAACCUUGUACGCUUUAAUGAAGAGUGGUGACAUUUAUGCUAUUUGCCCGUACCUCCCUGAAAAUUCGUCUGUACCAUCAUCAUAUUUACAUGCACUUGAAUGCUUUGUCUCCGCAAAGGAAGAGUUUGUUGCUGAAAGUAAUGGCGACCUCGACGAGUCUUUCUCGGCGAUAUACAAUUAUCAAAGGAAAUAUGUCAAUGCAUUGCUGAAACAGCUUCCACCUGGAAGUACGAUUUCUUCCACGUCCCAAUCUGUUCCCAUACGCGCGCCUAGAUCAUGUCCGGGAAGGCCUUUGCGUCAAGGGCCAUUCCUGCUUCAGCCCUCCCCGCCAGAGCUGAAAGACAGUCCCGGAGGAUAUGCUACGGACAUUGCGUAUCUCACUCUUGGCAGUGCGUUCUCAGGCCCGGACGACCAAUCCGAUGACGAAGCGUCAUCUCUAUCAAGUGAGAGGCUUGGUGUUUUGCUUGUUGCGUUCCAAGAUGGCAGGGUCGACGUUUAUCUGGACCUAGAAAAGGUUGAGGCAAAAUGGGACACGGAUUCAAGCAAGUCACCCACAGCCUCCCCUCCCGCCCUUACUGCUUACGAAACGAUUGAUCUUGCUAUCGUGUCUUCAGUGCUGUCAACGUCUGAUUCAUCCAAUACUACAGGGUUGCAGUUGAUCGAAGGCAAUCAUUUAACAUUCUACGCUGAUCCUAUUCACGACGAUACGAUCUACGCAUAUCACGCAUUUGGUGUUCACGUCCUCAAUCUCAAUGCUAUUUUCGAGAACUUGGCCGCGGCAAUGAAAGAAGAGGACGAAAACGUUCUGAAAGACACAAUGCAGCAUUCCACGAACACCACCGUUCAGCCUAUCCUCGUUACGUACUCCGUCGAGCAGCAUUCAACCAAUCCUGUCGUCGCCGUGGUAAUCCCGAACGAUGUCUAUUUGACCUACAGUAUCUUCAUCCUUACUUCGACAAUGCGGAUUGUCGUUUUCACUCUCAACCUCCGAGCAGAAAGUGCCGAAGGCCCCGAAACGUCAGAAAAAUCUCGAGACGUUCUGACUCUCCCAGAAUUACCUGCCUCCGAUCCUCCAGCCUACGUCUCACUCCUCGCAGCGCAGCCAUUUGUCCAUCCUCCAGCUCUCUCUCGUCCCAUGGGAUUCCCAUCCAUUGCGAAAGUGUUACCACCGAAAUCUUGUAAUAUCAAGGAAGAGCUUCGUGUAACGCCCGAGACGUUGCGGUAUCUUGCAAGUGUGGCGGAGCGCAUUACUAGCGAGAUGCACGACGCUGUCGUUGUGUGCCACACGAUGAAGAAUCGUGCAGACCUGCAGAAACAAGAAUAUGAGCGUCUCCAAAAGAAGGCGCUAGAGAUUGUCGAACGCACGCAAAGACUGACGGGACCUCGGAAAGUCGAGGUUCAGAAUCGACUACGAACCGUACAAGCCGAACAAACCAACCUGUUGGCACGAAUGGAAAGGUUGCUCCAAGCUCUUAUCAGACAAGCAUCACCAGAGCUCAAUGAACACGAGACGAGGUGGUUCGAGGAGCUGCAGCGUAUGAAGGCUCAAGUAUUAGGCAUGGGUCGCUAUGAUGCAGAAUCAUUGAAAUUGCGGAUUCGUCAGCUGCAAACCGAUUUCGAGCGAAUAAUGCCAGCGCUGAAAGAGCUUGCGAAGGAAGAAAAGGAGCGGAAAUCUCGUGCCGAGGAGAACAAUGCUGGAGCGGGACACUCAUACGCGAAGGCGUAUGAGAGAAUGUCGAGAAUUGAAUCUGCGAAGCUAGAGGAUGCAAUUAAGCAAAUUACGAGACUUGCGCGCAGGUUGGAAAUAUCAAACUUGAGCACUCCGCCUUCGUAGCACGUUUUGUUUAGUAUUUUUAGCGCAGUAGUUGUGAUUAUAUGUUUUAAAAAAAUUGCAAAUUGUGUUUCUU